UCUGGCGGAGGCGGGCCCCGCCGGGGCCGGGAGGGGGCCGAGCCGGGGCGGGGCGGAGGCGCCAGGAGCAGCCGCCCGCAGCCCUCUCGCGGACCUCGCACUCUAUGGCCACAGGGAGCCGCUGAGAGGAGACGCGCUCGUCCCGCCCGCCGCCGCACCUGCCGCGCCGACCUGCUCUCCGACCCCAGCCCGCGCGCGCCUCCCGCCGCCAUGAACCACUCGCCACUCAAGACCGCCUUGGCGCACGAGUGCUUCUCGGACCAGGACAACUCGACGCUGGCCUUGCCGUCGGACCAGAAGAUGAAAACAGGCACGUCGGGCCGGCAGCGCGUGCAGGAGCAGGUGAUGAUGACCGUCAAGCGGCAGAAGUCCAAGUCUUCGCAGGCGUCCACCCUGAGCCACUCCAACCGAGGUUCCAUGUAUGAUGGCUUGGCCGACAACUACAACUAUGGGACCGGCAGCCGGAGCGGCUACUACGCCAAGUUGCAGGCGGGGAAUGGCGCAUGGGGAUAUCCGAUCUACAACGGGACCCUCAAGCGGGAAGCUGACAACAGACGCUUCAGCUCCUACAGCCAGAUGGAGAACUGGGGCCGGCACUACGCCCGGGGCAGCUGCAACACCGGUGCAGGCAGUGACAUCUGCUUCAUGCAGAAAAUCAAAGCCAGCCGCAGUGAGCCCGACCUCUACUGCGACCCGAGGGGCACUUUGCGCAAGGGCACGCUGAGCAGCAAGGGCCACAAGACCGCCCAGAGCCGUUACAGCUUCUACAGCACCUGCAGCGGCCAAAAGCCGGUCAAGAAGUGCCCUGUGCGCCCACCCUCCUGCGUUUCCAAGCAGGACCCACUGUGCUGCAACAAGGAACUGUCCUUCGGCCACUCCAGGGCCAGCUCCAAGAUCUGCAGUGAGGACAUCGAGUGCAGCGGGCUGACCAUCCCUAAGGCCGUGCAGUACCUGAGCUCCCAGGACGAGAAGUGCCAGGCCAUCGGGGCCUAUUACAUCCAGCACACCUGCUUCCAGGACGAGUGUGCCAAGCAGCAGGUCUAUCAGCUGGGAGGCAUCUGCAAGCUGGUGGACCUCCUCCGGAGCCCCAACCAGAAUGUCCAGCAGGCCGCAGCCGGGGCCCUGCGUAACCUGGUGUUCCGGAGCACCACGAACAAGCUGGAGACCCGGAGGCAGAACGGGAUCCGCGAGGCUGUCACCCUUCUGCGGAGAGCUGGGAGCAGCGAGAUCCAGAAACAACUGACAGGGCUGCUCUGGAACCUGUCUUCCACGGAUGAGCUGAAGGAGGAGCUCAUCAUGGACGCCCUGCCUGUGCUGGCCGACCGCGUCAUCAUCCCCUUCUCCGGCAACAGCAACGUGUGCCGGGAACCCGUGGACCCUGAGGUCUUCUUCAAUGCCACGGGCUGCCUGAGGAACCUGAGCUCAGCCACCGCCGGCCGCCAGACCAUGAGAAACUACACGGGACUCAUCGACUCCCUCAUGGCCUAUGUCCAGAACUGCGUGGCGGCCAGUCGCUGCGACGACAAGUCUGUGGAGAACUGCAUGUGCAUCUUGCACAACCUGUCCUACCGCCUGGACGCCGAGGUGCCCACCCGCUACCGCCAGCUGGAGUACAACACCCGCAACGCCUACACGGACAAGUCCUCCACCGGCUGCUUCAGCAACAAGAGCGGCAAGAUGAUGAACAACAACUAUGACUGCCCCCUCCCCGAGGAGGAGGCCAACCCCAAGGGCAGCAACUGGCUGUACCACUCAGAUGCUAUCCGCACGUACCUGAACCUCAUGGGCAAGAGCAAGAAAGAUGCCACCCUGGAGGCCUGCGCCGGCGCCCUGCAGAACCUGACUGCCAGCAAGGGGCUGAUGUCCAGCGGCAUGAGCCAGCUGAUCGGGCUCAAGGAAAAGGGCCUGCCACAGAUCGCUCGUCUGCUGCAGUCCGGCAACUCCGACGUGGUGCGGUCCGGGGCCUCCCUCCUGAGCAACAUGUCCCGCCACCCCGCACUUCACAGGGCCAUGGGGAACCAGGUGUUCCCGGAGGUGACCAGGCUGCUCACCAGUCACACUGGCAACACCACCAACUCAGAGGACAUCCUGUCCUCAGCCUGCUACACCGUGAGGAACCUGAUGGCCUCCCAGCCGCAGGCGGCCAGGCAGCACUUCUCCAGCAGCAUGGUCAACAACGUCAUCAACCUGUGUCGCAGCAGUGCCUCCCCCAAGGCUGCAGAUGCUGCCCGGCUCCUCCUGUCUGACAUGUGGUCCUGCAAGGAGCUGCAGAGUGUCCUCAGACAGCAAGGUUUCGAUAGGAGCAUGCUGGGGACCUUAGCCGGGGCCAACAGCCUCAGGAACUUCACCUCCCGGUUCUAGGAAAAGGCCACUCGAGCAAGGUCAGCUUGCAGAAGCGAUGUGACCCACUGAGAAGACCUCAGGCCUUGCUGGAGGGGUUAUUCUGUCCACCACGUGCAGUAUUUGGAAAAGUUCAAAUGCAACUGAGAACAAACCUGAAAACUAUGGAUGAUGGAAAUAUUUUUAGAUUCCUUUUUUUUUUCCUUGGGGGAAUUGGCAGGCGAUAGGG